CUCUCUCUCUUUUCUUUCUCUGUGUGCUUCUCUGCCUCACUACCUCCCCGGUGUCAUUUUGAAGUCUGAGCUCCAUGUGGCUACUACUACACCGGCAGGUUUAUCGUCACCGGCAAAGACGGAGAUUAAAAAAAAGAGAGCGGGAAGGAGGGAUAGCUAGACUGAAAGAGCGCUGCUUAAUAACCACAUGGGCAGAACAUUUAGUACCAUGGAUAUGAGAUGAGAAGGGCGGGCUUGAAUUAGGUGAAAGAGACGCGCUUUUCCAAUUUACCGACCGACUCGCUGAAGAAAUUAUUAUUAUCGGAUCACAAGAACAUUGUUAUACUAUCGGUUUUCCACGCGCAGAAAUGACAACUGAUCAGGAUUUGCCAAUGGAUCACCAGUCAGCCACAGCCCUAUUUGCUGCAAAGGGCAUUGAUGUAACAACCAAUAAAGACCAAGGAGUUAUCAAGGUUAUAAAGCGUGCAGGGGUAGAUGGAGACAGGCCCAUGAUUGGGGACAAAGUAAUGGUUCACUACACUGGGAAACUGGUCACUGGGAAGAAAUUUGACUGUAGUCGAGAGCGCAAAGAGCCCUUUUGUUUCCAUGUGGGCAAAGGACAAGUCCUCAGGGCUUGGGACAUUGCUGUGUUGUCCAUGCAGAGAGGAGAGGUGUGCACACUGCUGUGCAAACCCGAGUAUGCUUAUGGAGCUGCUGGAAAUCCUGACAAAAUUCCUCCCAGCUCUUCAGUAGUAUUUGAGUUGGAGCUAAUUAAGUUUGAAGGCGAGGUACUUACAGGCGAUGGUGGAAUUGUGAGAAGAAUAAAGGUCAAAGGGGAAGGUUACACUAAUCCCAACGAUGGAUCAAUUGUGAACGUGCACCUGGAGGGAAGGUGUGGUGACCGACUGUUUGACUGCAGGGACGUCAGCUUUAUUGUUGGUCAGGCUGAAGAUAAAAGCAUUCCUCUGGGAGUGGACCGAGCCAUGGACAAGAUGCAGAAAGGAGAGUGCUGUUUACUUUACUUAAAACCAAAGUAUGGUUUUGGAAGCGAAGGCAAACCAGAAUACAAAAUAGGACCAGACAAAGACAUCGUAUAUGAGAUUACUCUUAAAGACUUCCAAAGGGCUAAAGAUUCCUGGGAAAUGGACUUGAAAGAAAAGCUAGAUCUGUCUGCUGAAGUAAAAAGUAAAGGGAAUCAGUAUUUUAAGGCAGGGCGGUAUUACCAGGCAGUCAUCCAGUACCAGCGCAUCAUUUCUUGGCUAGAGAUAGAGUAUGGUACCGGAGAUGUGCAACAGAAGAAGAUACAAGAUUAUAUUCUGACUUCCCACCUUAACUUGGCCUUGUGUUUCCUGCGAUUAAAAGAGUUCACACAAGCAGUGGACAACUGCAACAAGGUCAUUGAGCUUGAUGAAAACAAUGAGAAGGCUUUGUAUCGUCGUGGGGAAGCCCGGCUCCGCCGCAAUGAGUUCAGCCUGGCCUUGGCAGACUUUCAGCAAGUACUGCAAGUCAACUCAGCAAAUCGAGCAGCUCGUGCUCAGAUUUCCAUUUGUCAAAGCAAGAUUAAGGAACAUCACGAAAAAGACAAAAAGACCUAUGCUAACAUGUUCCAGAAAUUUGCAGAACGGGACGCCAAGACUGGGAAGACAAAGAGAAGGCGGGAUGACAGUGCGAGGACCAGCUUCAAUGGUGAAGUGAGCAUUAAACAACGCCGGAGGAGUCAGGAAUGCCCGUCGUAAUGGGGACAUUUGAAAGGGAUAAGAGAAAGCCUCUUUUUGCUUUCCAAGUCCAGGGAGCAGAGGCAAGAAUGAAGAUGAAAAAAAAAGCCUCCAAACCAAACCCUUUUUUUUAUCCCAAAAUCCAGCGUGACCAUUCCUGCAUAUAAAGCAGACUGUAAGCAGGGACAUUUGCAAGCCAAACAGCCUUUCCCCUGUCACAAGGACUAUUGAACUGCUGGAGCGUACCUUCCAGUGGAGACAGAAACAUUGAGUUAAGACUGGCAAACACUUUUAGCCCUCACCUUUUAUCCUGAAAGAAUAUAUUUUUAUUUUCCUCAAAAUGCAAGAAACACAAUUACUUUGUCCUUAGGCUACUGUGUUGAAGUGCCUCCACAGUGUUUCUGAUUGUAAAACCACGUUCAUGAUCUGUAUUUGUUUUUAAGCCUGUUUGGAGCAGCUGCAUGCAUCACAAGGUGUUUUUGAUUCAGACUUGAACUUUGCUAAUUUUAUAUGUGCAAUAUGUACCUUUGGUGUAACAAGUCCUGUUAGUAUGGUGAGUUAAAAAAACAAACAAAAACAAUAAAUUCAGUAUUUUUGCUUUGGCCAAAACUUAAUACUGUCAUAAAUAAAAUAAGCCGAAGAAAAUCCUAGUUGCUUUUCUGAGAUGUAAAAUUUACUGUAUUUGGUUAUUGCGUGUAACUUCUGCUUUCUGUGAAGCCAAAUUAGUUUUGGUGUUUAUCAACACCUGCAAGACUUUGGCAUGGAGUGCCUAUUUUUACAUAUAAAAUUCAAAUUCAGCUUUUGUGUUUCGGGCAAGAAUUAUUUAUUUUCCUAAGAUGUGUCUGAAAGUGGUCAUGCACUAAAAUAAUUUAUUCCUGUUUUGAGGUAUUCUUAAAGACAUGAGUCAAUAACGCACACUUUAUUUUGUAAAAAGACACUUUGGUAUUGUAAUUGAUCAAGUAAAAAAAAGAUGACAGGGAGAACUUCACAAUUUAAGUCUGUUUAACUGAUGGCAGCUGUAAAAACAUUAAAGGCGAAAUAAUCAAACUGUAUAUAAAAUUGAAUAUUUCUCCUACUGAGCUUGAGUUGAAUUUAGUGAAUAAGGAGUCAGUCUUUCUUCUUCUGGUGCAUUCAUCACAUUUUCUGACCUGUUUACUCUUAUCAGGCUAAAGGCAUAACUUUUAGAGCACAUAAAAUCAUAAUUUAGAAGGUAAAUACAUGAAGCAUUCAUUUUGCAGUCUUUUUCACCAUAUAGAAACGUAUUUUUUAGAAUGUGAUCAGCUAUGUUGGUGCAGUCUGGAAACAGGUUUUUCUUUAUCUCGACAGUGUGAAUGUGUAUCAGACAACUGUCCACUUUGGUAACUGUAAAACCAACACUGUUUUCUUUUCAUAAAAUAUCUGGACAGAGUCUGGACAAUAAUAUUGAAAUGUUUUAUAAACAUUGGCUGGUUCAGAAU